UCAUCCACACAAUCGCGUCCAGGUUCAGUCGCGCGUCAGCAACCACCAUUUCCACCAUAAAUAUGUUCCUCUCUGUAAGUGCUUCAAUAUCACCCACGGCAUAGAAAAGAAGAAGAAAAAGAUUUGAUCUUUCCUGAUCAGUCACAAACUCACCAUAUUAACCCAAGAUCAAACUCCACGAUCCUUACCAAGAAGAAGAAAAUGGGAGAGGUGGAUCCGGCCUUCGUACAGAACGUCGAACACAGGCCCAAGCUCACAGCCAACCAAGCCCAAGGCAUCCCGCUCAUCGACCUCGCCGCCCUCACCGGCUACUCACCAUCCGACGGCACGGUCGCUGACUCUGCCGUCGUUGAAGGGCUCGCGGCGGAGAUAGGGGAGGCUUGCAAGAAGUGGGGGUUCUUCGCGGUGGUGAACCACGGGGUGGCGGCGGAGAAGAGGGAGAGGAUAUGGCGGGAGGCGAGGGAGUUCUUCGGGCAGGGUUUGGAGGAGAAGAAGAAGGUGAGGAGGGGCGAGAGGAAUGUGUCGGGGUACUACGAGACGGAGCACACCAAGAACGUGAGGGACUGGAAGGAGGUCUUCGACUUUACCGUGCAAGAGCCGACGCUCGUCCCGGCCUCGCACGAGGACGGCGAAGAGGGUGUCAUCGAGUGGACCAAUCGGUGGCCUGAGUACCCUCCUGGAUUAAGGGAAGCAUUCGAAGAAUACGCACAAGAAGUGGAGAAACUCGCUUACAAGCUGAUGGGACUGAUAGCUCAGAGCCUGGGCUUGCCCGCGAGCAGGUUUGACGAAUUCUUCAAGGACCAGACCAGCUUCAUACGGCUCAACCACUAUCCGCCCUGCCCUGCGCCGCACCUCGCUCUGGGCCUCGGCCGCCACAAGGACAUGGGGGCGCUCACCAUCCUGGCUCAAGACGACGUCGGAGGCCUCGAGGUGAAGAGGAAGAGUGAUGAGGAGUGGGUCUUUGUCAAGCCCAUCCCUGAUGCCUUCGUCAUCAACGUUGGCGACAUUAUUCAGGUUUGGAGCAACGAGACGUACGAGAGCGUCGAGCACAGAGUGACGGUGAACUCGGAGAAAGAGAGGUUCUCAAUUCCAUUCUUCUUCAACCCAUCACACUAUACCAUGGUGCAGCCACAGAAGGAAUUGACUGAUGAGCACAACCCUCCCAAGUACAGGCCGUACAAUUGGGGCAAGUUCUUGGUCACCCGAAAAGCAAGCAACUUCAAAAAGCUUGACGUUGAGAACCUCCAGAUUCACCAUUUCCGGAUAUGAGAAUCAGCAGUAGAAUCUCCAAAAUAGUGACCAUCUAUUGUGCUGAGAUGCAGGGAGUUAUGGAGCAUUGCUGUAGCUAAAGCUUUUUAAUUAGCUUUGGUGACUUGAAACUUUGCCGUAGAAUGUAACGAAUAUGACUGUCGAUUGUGAAUAUUGUGUGUUUGCCAAAAAAAACAUAAUGGAACUGAGCACAGAGGUUUCAGUAAAGUGCCUUUGUUGUUCGUUUUCUGUUGUAAAUGUAAACCAUCUUUGUUUAUUUGAGUAUUUUGUGUAUAAGGUAUAAAAUUUCAA